AUGACCCCUAAAUUAUAUAAAGAAGAGGAGGAAUUGAUUGCAAAGGCCCUCAGUGCGUGUCAACACGAAAUAAAGCCGAAUUUUAGCAAAUUAUCGCGUGAAUAUGGGGUGUCUCGCAAAAAACUGUCCCGUCGGUGGCAUGGCUUACCCUCUCGCUCAACACGCCCACCUACGAGGCGCCUACUAUCUCUAGAUCAAGAAAAGGCACUUAUUCUAUGGAUUGAGUAUCUAGAUAAUAUAGGCGCGCCUCCUACGAAUCAGCAAAUUGAAGAAAGUGCGAAUUAUUUGCUCGGCAAAGAUUUCAGUGGUCCAGGAGAGGCCCCUCGUGCCGGAAAAAAUUGGGUACACGAUUUUAUCAAGCGCCUGCCAAAACAAUAUGUACGAAUCGUUCAAAAACCUCAAGAAAAGGAACGUACCGUUGCAGAGCAUUAUGGUGAGGUUGAGCGCUGGUUUAUUGACCUCGAGCUCGCUAUACAACAAUACAAAAUUCGCCCUCAAAAUCUGUGGAACUUCGACGAGACUGGAUUCAUUGUUGGACAAGGAAAAGAUGAAGUGGUGGUAACAGCAUAUCCAAAAACAUCAAAAAGGUACCGGCAUAUAAAAGAUGACGACUGGCUAGUUGCACCUGCUUCGAAUGGAUUUAUCACAGAUGAGAUCGCAUUCAAAUGGCUUCACACUUUGACCACUUCUCUAGGCCUGGGGCCUUCCCGGAUUGGCGGUUACUUCUUAUGGAUAAUUAUAUAACUUAUCUUACUAUAUAGUUUGUGCAAUAUUGUGAAAUUUGGUACAUUCGCCC